AUGAUCAGUUCCGGGUUCACCAACGCGCCGAUUUCGAAAUAUGGGAUGGUCUUCAUAAUUGCUUCAUCGAUUGUUGUCAGCAUUGCGGACGUGAAAUAUUUAUUAUAUAUACAGGUCGUGCCACAUCUAUGGAAAUAUUGGCAACUAUCCUACACGAAUUCGACAGAAGUGCUCUUUGGAGCACUGCUCAUUUAUCAGCUCAGAGUGAUCGAACGGUUAUGGGGAUCUAGGAAAUUCGGCAGCUUCCUCAUAAGCACCUUACCCUACACAGCCCUCCUCCCACCGCUCAUCCUUUCCUUCCUCCUCCGCCCUCUCUCCCUCAACACCCUAAACUUCCUCCCCGCAGGCCCAACAGCCAUCCUCUUCGCGCUCCUCGUCCAAUUCUACUCCGCAAUCCCCCCCGCAUACAAAUACCGCAUCGCCGCCCCGACCACCACCGCCUUCGCAUCGUCCCCAACAGCAACCACACCCUCGAUCAGCGUCAGCGAUAAAUCCACCACCUACCUCCUGGGCGCGCAGCUCGCCCUCUCCCAGUUCCCCCACUCCCUCGUCCCCGCCGCCGUAGGCUGGGCCGUCGGUUACGCCUGGCGCUCGGAUAUAUUACCCGGCCGUGCGGCCGCGUGGAGGGUUCCCGGCUGGGUCUAUGGAAACACGUCUGUCGAUGCGGCGGCGCGGGAGCACCGGCGGGCACCAGAGGGACUUCGGCUAGAGUUGGCGGCUGGCGGCGGUGGGCCGGGUUGCGGACGGUGGUGGGGAGGACGGGGGGGGGAUGCAGAGAGGUUUGAGGGGAUGAGGAGACGGUUGGAAAGGGAGUCGAGGGCGGCGGCGGCGGCGGGCGGAGUGGGGGUUUCCCAGGUUGGGUUGGAUAGGCAGGGGCCGAAUGAAGGUGGGGAUGGGGGCAGGGGACGGGGGCAGCAGAGGAGGCCGCUGGCGGGGCAGAUAUUGGAUCGGUUUACGGGGAGUUAUUAG